UUUAAAUAAAAUAAAUAAAAAAAUCUCCCACAGAUGUCGCGUAAAUAAAAAGCCUGUCGCCUUUCGGCUGCCGCCAUUUUCCUUUCUUCGUAAAACGUUUUUUAAGUAGAACUAGACGUAGUUUCGGGUUUGACUUAAAAAAUAUGCCAGUAAAAGUCGACAUAAUUCCUCCACCACCAGCAAACUCCAAACAGCCGGGAGUGACAAAAUCCUUAUUGUAUAAUGGGUCGCGAUUUCAAGGUUUUCAAAAAUCCAAAGGCAAUUCCUACGAAGUAGAAGUCGUCUUGCAGCAUGUCGACGAAGAGAACUCCUACCUGUGCGGGUACCUGCAAAUAAACGGACUGACCGACGAGUAUCCGACGUUAACGACGUUCUUCGAUGGCGAAAUAAUCAGCUCGAAGUAUCCCUUCCUCACCAGAAAGUGGGACGCGGACGAGGACGUAGACAAGAAGCACUGGAGCAAAUUUUCCUCGUUUUGUCAGUACGCGAAGACGUUUAACUCAGACUCGUUCGAUUACAAAGCGCUGGCGGAAACAGAUUAUGUGUUCAUGAGGUGGAAAGAGCACUUUUUAGUACCUGACCAUACCAUUAAGGAUAUUAGCGGGGCGUCCUUCGCUGGAUUUUACUACAUUUGCUUCCAAAAGUCCAAAGCCACAAUCGAGGGGUAUUAUUACCACAGAAGCUCCGAAUGGUACCAAUCUUUAAAUUUGACACACGUACCCGAACACAGCAUACAAAUCUACGAGUUUAGGUGAAGCGUGAGUGGUCAGGCAGAUUUUUUUUUAUCAUAACGGCGUACUUUACUAGCACCAAAUUCAUUCGGUUAAAUCAUUUUAACGGCUGCACUGUUUGUUAAUCAUAGAAGUCUGUAACGUUCUGAUUUAUGAUUUCUCAGUAUUGUCUUACAUGUGAUAAAAGAUUCAUAGGUUUAGAACAAUUUCGUAAUGAUAUUUACACAUCACCAGUACCUAUAAAGACCAGUGUGACAUUUUGAUAUUGUGCGGCUAUCUUAAUACACUAAUUUCAAAGUUUUUGGUGUCAAAUUUUGUCUGUAAUAAAAUAUAUAUGCAAG